AUGCUGCAGGGACCCAACUCACCCUUGUUUCCGGUGCUGCAGUUGACUUUAUCGCCUGCUAUAUCCAAUUCUGUUGCAGCCGCCAAUGGGGUCAGUGAAGAGCAUCCGCUGCUUCUUCCUCAACUUCCUGAUAAACCUCUGGCUCAAACGUCGUCUAUCCAGGUGUAUAUCAUCCCGACGGAAAAGAAUUUGUUUGUUCAAGGAUUUGAAGCAUAUGAGUAUGCCGAAAGACCCCCAGUUUUGCUAAGAGGAUGUCUUUAUUUGAAAGUUUUGAAACCAAGUAAAAUCAAAUCGAUUACGUUAAAUUUUAAAGGCCAACAAAGAACUGAUUGGCCCGAAGGGAUACCCCCAAAGAAAAACACGUACGCAGAGAUUAAUGAUAUCUUGAGUCAUACUUGGCCCUUUUAUCAGGUUGAAAGCCCUUUACCAAAUUGCGGAGCAGAUUUUUUCAAACCUUUGAAUUCUCAUACCAAUGAUCAAGAUGUUAGCCAUUUGAGUUUGUCUGACACUAUAACAAGAUCGCACUCUCCAGCUCCCCUUUCAACUUCCCAAUCCCACACUAGUAUGGGUGUCGGCAAUUUUUUCACAAGGAAUUUAUCUCCAGCUACCAACUUUAUGAAAAGGGCAGCUUCACCAUCCGUUCACUCAAAUGAUGUGCCAAAUGAUCUAACUAGUUCAAUAACGAAUCCAGACAAUGACUCCCUGAAACCUGGCCAUUUCCCUGCUGGAGAUUAUAUAUAUAAUUUCGAACAUGCAAUUCAUCCUUCCAUUGCUGAAACUACUGACGUUACCUUUGGUUCUGUCUCUUAUCACUUGGAAGCAAACAUAAGUAGAAUUGGAACUUUUAAACUGAAUUUAACUGCUAGAUUACCAAUUGAUAUUAUAAGAACACCCUCCGAGUCUAAUACUGAAGAACACGAACCAAUUGUUAUAACAAGAGAUUGGGAAGAUCAACUACGUUAUGAUAUUGUAGUUGGUGGUAAGUCUGUCAUAUUAGACUCUUAUCUUCCUUUAGCCUUUAGGUUCGUACCGUUAUGGGGUAAAGUUGCAUUACAUAGAAUUCGAGUUUACCUAACUGAAAACUUGGAAUAUUACUGUCAAAAUAAAAAAGUUCACAGGAUGGAACCUCCCAAAAAAUAUUUACUUUUAGAACAUAAGGCUAAAAAGGGUAGAUCUCUUUUAUCAGAAUCAGGUGGGUUAAAUGAAGAAGCUCCUCCAGAUGAAGAAGACGAUAUCUUACCAAGAGAAUUGGAAUUUCAAUUAUUUGUCCCAAAAACACUUAGUGAUAAACAUUGCCAUAACAUCCAUCCAGAUACUUCAUUUGAAAAUAUUCAAGCUCAUCAUUGGAUAAAAAUUUGUCUUAGAAUAUCAAAACUUGAUCCAGAAAAUGAAGGCAAACGUAAGCAUUAUGAAAUCCUGAUCGAUUCACCAAUUCAUGUCCUUUCAGAAUAUGCUGCCCAUGGUAACACUCUUUUACCUGCCUAUGAUACUCAUCAACGAGAUGAAGAACAAUUCUUACCAAAAUAUACACCAAGUUCUCCUCCUUUGUCACCGGGAGUUGUUCCAAUCAACACAAAUAAUAUAUUGGCUUCUGCUUUAAAUAACAAUAGUGGAACACAGGAGAAUUCAUUAGAUCAUAUAAUGGAAUCACCAAUUAGACCUUCAACACCAUUAGAAUUCCAUCAUAUCAACAGCGUUCGAAAUAACGAUGAGCCAAUUGAAAGAGAUCCCGAUAUGCAUCUAGGUGCUAAUUUAUACAAGCCAAGUGAGGAUAGUGCUUUGAACAGUCAAAUGCAUUCGCCCCAAGCGUUCCCACAUCCAAGUACUUUCAGCUCCCCAAUCAAUUCUCCAAUUCAAAGACCUAUACAUAUUUUAAGGCAACCUUCAUACAACCCUCCCCCAUUCAAUGCCGACAAUGCACCUCCUACGAUCGACGAUGUAAUCCCACCUCCGGCAUAUGAAGAAGAAGAUCACUCAUUAAGUAUGUCACCAUUAAGAAUAAAUGAUGAUGCUAUAACAACACCGCCAAGGGCCGAGUUAAAUGUUAUUCCGCCUACUCCCGUCAAUGUUAUACCUCCAACUCCUCAAGAAACUCCAAUUAAGGAGAGACUAGAGCAACAGUUGGAAGAAGCUACAAAAAAUAAUAUUGCCAAUCAAACUUCAGCUUCAGGAUCGAGUAAGAGUUCACAUAAGACUCUGAAAAGACCGCUGGUGGAUGAUGAGGACGGUGAGGAUCUCGUUGAUUUUGGUGAUGCUCCAAUCCAAGCUCCCCUGUCUCCGCAACCAUUGCAUUUAUUGAUCAAUCGAUCCAGACGUAACUCAUCCAAUAAAGGAUCAAAUCACGCAUCCCGCAGGUCAUCUAUAUCAUCAUUAGGUUCAUCUGAGAACCUAGAAAAUAUGCCAGUUGAACAGACGAUGCCAUUAUUGAGUCUGUCGGCAUCAAGUAUUAAUGUAUCCUUUUCUGCACCAUCAUUGAAUGAAAGAGGAAGGAAUGAUUCGAUUCACUCUUUAUUACAAGAUUCUACCAGGCGACCCAGUAACAUUAACGAUUGGUCCACAAGGAAAAUGGACUUGAUGAGUAAUGAUUUGACUGAUGAUGUUCAUGGGGUUAAUGGGAAACUAAGUAAAUUAAGAAAUCCAAGGAUUAAGAGACAUUACAACGAUUCGGUUGAGGAAGAUACCAUAAGUUCUGAUUCAAUGAAACCAAAAAUUAUUGAAGAAGAUAUGGCACAUGAAAAUAGUGAAAUGAACGAGCUGGCCUCAAAUGGAGAAACAAACAGUGGUACGCAGCCAUCAAGUCGAAGUAGUACAUCUUUUGAAAGUGAAAUAACAAUCGAUGAAUCCACAGGCUUGAGAAGGAAAAAUGAUUCUAAAGAUCAUCAUCAAAAUAACAGUAAUAACCAGGUCCCAGGACUUAAUUAUGGGUACACUAUAGAAUAAAACUUUUUUUUUUCAAUUCUUACUU